GGUCACACUCUGCUCUUAGGGUGGUAACAUGUGGAAAAUACACAUAUGGACUGACCAGAGGGCAGUCCUACAUAUGGAGGAAUUUCUGGGGUAGGUCCUACCUGAAAGGGGAUGGAACUACUACAGAAGCAGAGAGGGGGCAGAGCAAGAUCUGCCAAGGGAAAGACACUGGAAAAAUACACAUACGGGAUUACCGAAGGAGAAUCACAACUGCUAACGAAGAAUCUAGCCCAGUACAAGGGCUGGCCGACUAGGCAUGCACUCGAGUACUUGGUCAGAUGAGGACAGGAAACGAAGAAUGCAUCCAGGAAUGCACUGACGGAAAGGCAUCUUUAAAAAGACGCUAGCCGUCUGUUUGCUCUUUUAGGGAAACUGCUCUAAAUAAAUUAUUGCUCGUCUGAAGCGCCCAGGGGGGAAUCGCUGCUCUUAUCUGUGCAGUACACCGGCAAAACACCUGAAUUUAAAAAAAUAGUGAGCAUGAAUAAAUACUGCAAUAUUCCAUGCUAAAAUAAGAACUGUCAAUGCAUUUCAAUGCAGAUGUGUUCAUAUCAUUAGUAAAUGUUUCAUAACUAGAACACAGUUCUUACAGGAUUCUUGCCUGAAUAACACGAGAAGAGAGAGAUAUUUUAGUGCUCCAGUUGGCACAGUAUAGUGGAAAUACUUUACAAGUGAGACUCUACAAGACUGUCUGAUUUCAAGAUGUCACAUACAAAUUUAAAGGAAGAAAACAAAGACCUGCCCCAUAUGGAUCUGAUCUAAAAAUCCAACCGAUGUAACUGAUAUUCAUGGGAUGGAUUAUUGAUAUGAAAGUGUGUUUCAAGGUGAAGCGGUCAGCAGAUCUGAGGUAAGAAAAGGGAACCUCUGAAUCUGGUCAACAUUACUGAAACCCUCUUCCUUCUUCCCUCCCUUUUUCUUCUCCAGCAGCCAGACAGAAGGAUCACAUCUGAGCUUCGUUUAUAUGCUGCCAGUGUAAAAAAGCAGGACAGGAUGAGAGAGUGAAGUCUAGAUCUCUAGUUCUAGUUCUCUUUUGCCAGAACAGGUCUUCAUCUUUGCAGGACAAAACGUAGGAGAGAAGAUGUUUUCUUUCUAUGUUCUGAGCUUUAUUGUGACAGCUAAAGCAGAGCUUUUGCCAGGUUCCUGCAGCUUUCAGGAGAGCAUAUGUGACUAUAUGUCUGACCCGGCCUUUCUCAGCUGGACCCUCAACCCAUCAGGACACUUCAUCACAGUUGACGAGCGCGUCCAGGAGGAUCAGGGAAAGGCUGUUCUUUUAGGUCCAGAUGUGGACCAACAGGACUGGAGCUGUUUCAGGAUGGUCUAUCAGGUCACAGGCAGCGCUUCCCUGCAGGUGCAGAAGCGCACAGACGGAGAGAGUUUCGAUCAGGUGCUCUGGAAGACCCAAAGCCCGUCUGACAGCUGGCUCAUCGCCAGCAUUGACCUUCAGAACUCUACCGAAACAUUUAAGAUUGUCAUUGAAGGCAAACUGGGAGAAGAAGGAGGCAGCGUGUCCAUCUUUGAGAUAAAGAUCUCUGACAAAUAUUGUAUAGAAUGUGACUUUGAAGAAGCUCACCUGUGUGGAUACACAAACCAGAGGAACAGAUAUAUGAACUGGCGUGUGGGAAGAUCAGAUGAUGCUACACUGAUAAAUGGAACAGGUCAGUACAUGUAUGUGGACUCUACUGACACUAAAAGCUUCCAGGAGGUGGCCGAGCUGGUGUCUCCAAUGACCACAGUGCCCAUGUCGGGCUGCUUGAGCUUCCAGUACCAACAGUAUCAUGCCGGGGACCAUCUGUUCUCCCUUUUCAGCAGGGAUCAGGCUGGACAAUAUCAGGAACUAUGGAGAGCUGAUCUACCUGAAAACAACCACGUGGACUGGAGUCCAGAAGCCAGGGUCUGGAUACCUGUACAAGUGGACCUGAAAGCUCCUUAUCCUAUGGAGUUGGUGUUUGAGGUGGCGUUCAACAGUCCUCAUGGAGGAUACGUGGUUCUUGAUGACAUUUCCUUCUCUCCAGAGUUCUGUAAUGCAGGCACAGAGCCAACGUUUGAUCCAUCUAUUGCAAACUGUGACUUUGAGUCAGGAUAUUGUCAGUAUGUCCAGACACUGAUGGGUAAUCAACUGUGGAGGAGAGUGUCUGUCAGGCCCAACAUCUACAGCGCUGGAGACCAUACGACAGGAGCAGGAUCCUUUUUGUUGGCAAACUCUCGCUUAAGUUUACGUUCUGGAUAUGUCAGCCGUGUGUUUGGCCCGCCAAUGCCAGGGAAUCAGAAAUACUGCCUGAAGUUCUUCUACUCCCUGCAAAGUCUUAGUGGAACAGAUCAAGUCCUGUCAGCGUAUCUGUAUUACAGUGAUGGUACUAAACAAGAACAAAUAUGGAGCCAGAAUGAGAAGAUAAGAAAUGUUUGGAUUGCAGUUGAACUGACCAUUCAAAGUCAGAAGAAUUUUCAGGUGGUUUUCAUCAGUACAUGCAAAAAUGUUUGGAGUUGUGGUUCUGUUGGUCUUGAUGACAUUAAAGUCACCCUUGGGGACUGUGCACUGUUAAACAAGCAAGCAUCUUCUCUGUCAGCCCCAUCUCACUGUGACUUUGAGACUGGUCUUUGUGGAUACACUCAGGACAAAGGAGACUCAGGCGACUGGACACUGGCCAGAGGACCCACACCAACAUCCUACACAGGGCCAAGAGGAGACCAUAGCACUGGAAUGGGUCAUUAUUUGCACAUUGAGGCAUCAGUGAUGCUGCCCAGUCACAAAGCGCGGCUGCUCUCCAGCUCUCUACGUGGAUCUAGAGAACCACAGUGCUUGCAGUUCUACUACCAUAUGUAUGGAUCAGGGAUUGGCCAGCUGAGCGUUUACCUCCUGACUGAACAAGAAAAUGAGGACAAAUUAUUGUGGACGAGCCACGGAGAACAGGGCAUGUCCUGGCUCAGAGCAUCAGUAAACUACCAAAAUGACCAACAACACCAGAUUGUGUUUGAAGCCACCAGAGGUGCAUCAGUAAGGAGUGAUAUUGCAAUUGAUGAUAUUAUUUUUGAAAGGGGACCAUGCAGAGAAUAUGCUGAUGACCAUAUCCCCCAUCUGAGCCUCUCUGGAAAUAAUAAUGAUAUUCAGUCAAUGAAUUUUAAAUAACAAAGAGAGAAAGAAAAUAAUGUUUAAGAGAGAGAACGUAACCAUGUUACAGUACAGCUGGAGAGCAGUGUUCUGUGAGGAUGAAAGGGAAGGAGACGACUGCAUUAUUACCAUAUCUGAUCACCUGCAAACUUUCAUUGUGUAUUUGACUUAUGAACUAUUGGUUCAUUACAGUUAUGUCUUUCCUCAUGUCUGUAUCAUAUGCCUUACAGUGUUAAAGACAGAAACCAUAUUAGUCUCCUUAGGAAGUACUCCUUUUAAAGAUGUCUUAUUUGCUUGUUUUAAUUUGUACUUCAGGACAUCAUCAAGUAAAUCUGGUGAUUUUUUUUUAAUGACAAAUAAAAUCUGAAUAUGUGAAUAAACGUUAGUCCUUAAGGGUGUGAAAUGAAACGUGUAAGAGGUUUAAAUGUAGCAACCAUACCUGAUUAUCCUAUUCUUUUGUAAUAAUGACCGACUGACUGUACAUUAUCUUGCCUAUUACACAUCUGCCGAAAUACAUAAAUAAAAAUAAAUGGACAUGAAA